AUGCAGCGAGGUGUCAGGCUGGCUUCUUGUCUCUCCAGGGUAUGCAUUUCUCCGGAGGUCGCCGCGUUCAACAGGGUCCGAGCUUCUAGCGUCCCCAAGAGCGUGAAGACCUUCAGCGGCUACUCGGUUCUUGCGAACGAGAAGAAGGAGAAGGAGGAGACGAAGGAAGAGGUGCCCAAGGCUGGCAAGGGUUUCUUCGAGACUUUCUGGAAGAGCGUCAAAGAUCAAAUGCAGCAGCGGGAGUCUCAAGAUCCUUCCUUGAAAGAAGCGCAGGAGAGAUUGGAGAAGAGCAGAUUAGAGGCGCUUGCCGCUGCUGAGGCUGCUAUUCAAAGAGCUCACAAGGCUGCUGAGGAGGCGAAGAAGCGAGCCGACGAGCUCGAACAGCAGACACGUCCCACCCGUGAGAGAGUCGGUUUCACCAUCGGCGCAGGACUCAGUGCGGUUGGAGGAGCCAUUGGGAAAGUUGCCGAGCAACCCGCAGUGCAGGCAGUCGGCCGGGCGACGCUGAAGGCAGCACAGAGUGUGAUCGAUGCUCAAGAGAAGCUCGACAAGAGGAGUCAGGAGUUGGAGCAGAAGAUCUACGACUCUCGUCUCGGCAAGUCCGUCCGUGAGGCGCUGGGAGAAGACUCAAGAGGGAAGGGGCCCGUCGAAGGAGUUCCACUGGACAAGGAGACUUUCGGUACAGCCCGAGCAUGGCUGGGUUCAUGUCGUGUUGCUGAUGGUGUGCGGAAAGAUGUGGCGAUCUACCAGGAGACUGCCUGGGAAAGAAGAGUCAGGAAGCUGCGCGAGAGUGCCUUCCUUGGACCGAUCAUGACAGGUGAGGGCGGGCGAUGGGGCCACGAGGGUGUUCGGAGAGAGCGAGACCUCGAUCUGCAUGGUCGGGAGCUCGGAGAGAUCAAGAAAGACGAUCCAGCAUUCGAUGUCAAGAAUUUCAUCGCUAAGUUGCAGAACGAGACAAUUCCUUUCGUCAUGUCAAGGUUCCUUCAGGACCAGCUGUCAGAGCUCGAGGACAUCUUGACGGAGAGGAGUAUGGCCGUGUUGGGCACAAUCAUCAAGGAUAGGCUGCAGAAGGGCCUGCGGGUUAGUUAG